GCUGAACCUGGUAAACCCUAAAGCUCAGCUCUCUCACUGUGAGUAGCCUGCAAUGUUUUCUUUUUCCAGUUCAAGACUAUCUUUAAAUAAGAUUGUUUCUCUGUUUGUCUCAAAUGCCCAACUGGGUAUUCUUCCCUUUCACUCAUUAUUCAUAAUCAGAUCCUUUUCAUCUAGGGUAUCUUCUAAUUUGAAUGACCACUCAUUUACUGUUUCCUUUCUCAUAAAUUCAUGUGGAUUAACCCUCAAAUCUGCACAAUCUGUCUCUAAGAAGAUAUGUUUUAAAACCCUUGAAAGGCCAGACUCAGUACUUAGGCUUCUCAGGGAACAUGGAUUCACAAAUUCCCAAAUCUCCAAAAUUGUUAAGAUCAGGCCCAAUGUGUUUUUACUACAUCCUGAAAGGACAAUUUUACCCAAACUUGAGUUUCUAUGUUCUAUAGGGGCUUCAAGAUCAGAACUUUCCGUAAUUGUUUCUCGGAACCCAGAUUUGUUGAAUCGAAGCAUAAACCAAAAUCUGAUCCCACACUAUCAUAUCCUCAAAAGUAUACUCGUUUCUGAUGAGAAAGUAAUUAAAUGUUUGAAAAACUUAGUAAAAACUUCCAUAGUGCUUUCGCAGAACGACUUUUUUGCCAAUUUAUCACUUUUAAGAGACCUCGGAAUUCCUCAAUCUUCCACCUCUUUCUUGGUCAUCCAUUAUCCCCAUGUUAUGUGCGUAAAAGCUUUCAAUUUUGCUGAAGGGGUUAAGAAGGUUAUUAAAAUAGGGUUUGAUCCUUCAAAACUUCAAUUUGUUAGGGCACUACAAGUUUUGCUUGGAAUAAAGCAGAAAACAUGGGAGGACAAAAUUGAGGCUUUUAGGAGGUGGGGUUUAUCUGAAGAAGAGAUUUUGUUGAUUUUCAGAAAGAAUCCCUUAUGUAUGGGUCUGUCUGAGAAGAAUAUUAUGUGCAGCAUGAAUUUUCUUGUGUGCAAGAUGGGUUGGCAGCCUGCUGCUGUUGCUAGAGUUCCAGUUGUCCUGUGCUAUGGUUUGGAGACAAGGAUUAUGCCUAGAUGCUUGGUCAUAAGAGUUUUGCUUUUAAAGGGUUUGAUCAAGGCAGAUGUUCCUUUAUCCACAAUGUUGAUACCAUCUGAAAAGAACUUCUUGGAAAGGUUUGUGAUCAAGUAUCAAGAUCAGGUGCCUCAAUUGUUGGAUAUCCUUCAUGGAAAAAUGAGGCUUACAGAGCUUGGCUUUGGUUUUGAUGAUAAAUCUGCCAUUCUGGAUUAGGAAACACAUAGCAUGCAAUGUGAAUCUUAAGCCUAUGGAUUUCCAUUUCGUGAUGUUUUCUGAUUGAGUCCCUUAUUGGUGAACCGGCAAAGCUUGAAUUAGUAGCUUUUUUAACUUGUCAUUAUUAUCUUAGAGUACUAUUUUUUAUGGUUUAAUUUAGUAGAUUUUUGUUUAAAUGUACAGUGCAGAGCUGAUGAUAUUAUGAAUAGUUUUGAUAACUCAAUUUCACUUUUCA